UGAACAUGUCAGAGGUAGAAACACUGUCAGGAAGCGGUCCGAACGAUCACUUCACCAUCGCUCUGGAAAGUUGUGUGCUUUCUUUAGGUUCCUAAGGUUUUCUGCUGUUAGAAAGAAAAACAGCAUAUAACGUAAAGUUAGUGUGCAUUGCACAAUACAAACCGUGUGUGCUCUUCAGACGGUCCGAUUCUGCUCGACAGAAUGGCCUCCUGGAUUGUCCAAGUGUUGGGCAUCAUAUUUUCACUCUACAUCAGCAUCACCCAGGGCAAGGAUAAGAUCCUUUAUUGCUCUGCAUGCAAGGCGAUUGUAGAUGAGCUGAACUACUCCAUCAGUAAAAUAGACCCCAAAAGAACAAUCAAUGUGGGCAGCUUUCGCCUGAAUCCUGAUGGCUCCUUAACAGACAAAAAGGUGCAACUGGCCCGGUCAGAGUCUCACCUCAGCGAGCUUUUAGAUGAAGUCUGUAGCCGUAUGAGUGACUACGCACUUCAUAAGGACCCCAACACCCAGGAGAAGCUGUACCGAAGGUUUGCACCCAGGUCUGAAGAUAGCCCUGAAAACUUCCCAGACUUUAACAACUUCCAAUUUGAUGGCCCUGGGGGCUCCAACGCUCUCAAAUUUGCGUGUGAAACCAUUGUGGAGGAACUGGAGGAUCAUAUCAUCGCUCUGUUCAGCAAGGACUCCCAACAUGAGCAUUCGCAGUUGUGCAACACACUCUCAGACCACUGCAGAGACCUCAAGCCGACACAUCAAGAGUUAUAGAGGACAUCUUUAUUUCAGGUGUCAGAAAGGCACACGUGAUUCCAAAUGUUUUCAAUGAGAACAUGUACCAAAGAUGGUUUGUUUCCACUGACACUAUUAUUUUACAGUAAUAAAAACAAAGUCAAAAGAAACUCCCUAAGGAGAUUGUGAUUUAUUUACUUUUAACUAUUAUUUCAUGUACAUACAUGAACAUGUCGGGCUCAUGAGGACUGACCCAGGUGAGAGAGAACUAGAUUUACUUGUGCUGCUUGAUGCCUGUCAAAAGUGAUGUUUAAUAUUGGCAUUUGUUGCCACUAUUAGAUGUGCUCCUUUACAUAAUUUUGGGAUAGAUCAAAGUUAGUUUUGCCUCCAGGCUAAGGUGUCACGGCUGCGGCUGAUGUGAAAGGCCUUGCAAAUCUACCUUGCUUUUCACGCAGCCUGAAUUAGACAAAGCCCUGUCUAGUUUCUGAAACAGACACCUGCUCUCCGUUUUCAAAAAUAAUUCUGUGAACUCAAAUCCGUUGAAUGAAAACAUUGCGUUCACACCAAUCUGUGCAUGGCUGCUGCUUGGACAUUCCACAACUGUAGGUGGCAGUGUGAUGACAAGCUGAAGCCCAUCAGAAUCCCGAAAAUAGCAACAGCAAACCGUCUUUGCCCCUCCUUAUGAUAGAGCAUGUGUAUUUGCAAAUGCAGAUGUGCAUCAUUUUGGCUGCUACUCUGAAGGAAUCCAUGGCGAUCACACUCAUAACACAAAGUUUUUAUAGUGUUUAUAUGUAAGGGUUCCUAAAAAUCUCCACUUGGGCCAGAGUUUUUGAAAAGCAUUGUCAUUGUCAAGCAUCAUUUCUAAAAAAUAGCCAACUACAUUUAAACAUGCCACCUGAACUGAACACUGUCAAACUGAGCCAAACUCAUAGAAAAGUGUGUGUGGUUGAUGUGGGCAGACCCUUCUGUCUCCACUUUCUCCUACUGCAUGACGUUGCUUUGGGAAAUGUAUUCACACAGGUGAAAAAAAAAAGUUUUGUUUCGUUGUUUGAAGACACUAUCUCUCAGUUCUGAAUUGAAACAUUCCGUUUUUCUGUACGUGGACUACUGCAGAACACAAAGCUCUUCUUACAACGACAGGCAGUGUUUAAUCAAUGUCGAUAAACAUGUAGAUUUUAUUAUGGUAGCGCUACAUUUAUUUUAAUACAUACUUGCAUUUUCAUUGUCCUCUUUUCUGAUAAGUACAUAUUGUUUACUUACUCAGAUAUAUAUUGAUAUAUAUAGUACAACAUUGAUUCCAUGACACGUUAAGUGAGUUCUAUGAGCUUGUUCAGUCUUCCGGACGUAAUCUGUUGGCGAAGAAUCGGCUAGAAACAUGACGUCUAUUUUUCUGAAAUGGAUGAACUGAUGUUUAGUUUGUUGCUCUGUAGUCGGUCUCCACUUUUAACUGAAAGUAAAAUAGAACAACUGCAAAGUGUUUUGAUUGUCACUCUUCGAUCACAGUUUGUAUGUUUGUGAUUUAAAUGUAAUAAAGCUUACU